ACACUGCCAGUACUAACAGUGACAUGGCACUGGCUUCACAUGACUUGUCUGGGAGGGGACAGCCAGCUCCUGCUUGGAAACACACCCCCCCGUGUCGCCUUUGCCUAAGCCCUCAUAAAGUUUCCACAGCAGUAGUGAAAGGUGAGGAGUUGAACUCUGGGCUCUGAAUAGACACAAAGGACCUCUCCUAGGCUACCAUCAGCAGGAGGAACUGUGGUUGCCUUCAGAUCUGUGCGGUGCUUGGCACAGUAGGACAUCCACCAAACACGACGUCUAGUCUUGUGUCUGUCGACAUAGUGUGGCUGAUAUGCAACUUUUCCAGUGACCAGUGUAUUCUUCCCUUCUGAAACGCUGCAAGAGGAGUACUCCCAAGAGGCUUGCUACCAUCAUAAAGAUGAAAAGAGACUCUGGAUAUUCCACCAUGGCUGAGCAGCAGAAGCAGGCAGAGAAGCUCUGGGAUGCCCUGAAGGUCACUGCCUGCGUCCUUGGUACCGGCCUGCUCAUAUUCACUGCCUUAGCGAACACUGCUUCUUGGUACGUGCAGAAUCUCUGGGAUGCUUUAGGCCAUUUCUGGCAAACAACAUGGCUAAAGCUCUACUACCUGUUUGAGGGAAAGGAGUGGACAAUCUUCUUCCUUGGGGCUGCAUUGGUGCCUAGCCUUGCUUUCUGGUGCUUCAAUGGAAUCCUCAUGGUGGCUGAUGUAACAGGAAAGCCAACUUUCAUUACUCGCUAUCGCAUUCAGCUGGGCAAGAACGAUCCUGUGGACACAAAAAAAUUGCGCCAAGCCAUCUACACAGCGCUGUGUAAUCAGUUCUUUAUCUCCUUUCCCAUGCUUGUGCUUAUGUUCUACAUCAUGAAACGGUGGGGCAACACCUUCAGCAAGGAAUUACCCACCUUCCGCUGGUUUCUUGUGGAGCUAAGCAUCUUUACCUUAAUAGAGGAAAUUCUCUUCUAUUAUACACACAGGCUUGCUCACCUCCCACUCCUGUAUAAGCACAUUCACAAGAAGCACCACGAAUGGACAGCCCCCAUUGGCGUGGUCUCCAUUUAUGCUCACCCAGUGGAACACAUACUCUCCAACACACUGCCUGUCAUGACUGGACCGAUGAUCAUGGGGUCCCAUAUUGUUUCAAUCGCAGCGUGGUUCUCCCUUGCUCUCAUAACAACAAGCAUUUCGCACUGCGGCUACCACCUGCCCUUCCUACCGUCGCCGGAGUUCCACGACUUCCACCACCUCAAGUUCAACCAGUGCUACGGAGUCCUGGGAGUGCUGGAUUAUCUGCAUGGAACAGACACAGUGUUCAGACAAACCAAAGCCUAUGAGAGACACAGGGUCCUCCUCAGCUUCACACCACUCUCAGAGAGCAUCCCCGAGGCACCCAAGAGGGCAGAGUGAACCCAGCAGCAGCCUGCAGUUCUGGCAGAGCCCCAUGACUAGCAGAGUGAGAGACAAUGAUUUAUGCCAAAUAGUAUUUUAAUUGGGAAACGUUACUGUUCACACAUAACAAAACCCAAAGCUGAACUUAAAACAUGCUAAUUGAAAUGACUGCACUUUUGCUGCCAUUAUUUUCUACCUAAGGCACAAAAAAACCUGCUCUAGAAACCUAUUUUUAAACAAAGUUUAGAGCAGUUUUUUUCUUCAUGACUUGCACUGUUCCUUGGCUUUAGCUGCCUGCACGUAAGCCAGAUGUGUUCUGGGCCACAUGGCUUUGGGGAGUUCUCAUUAUUAAGGUUUUAACACUUCAGUUUUCACAAGCCAUGCUUUGGCCUCUUCAGCAGCAUUCUAUAGAAAUACCAGCAAGAUCACUCUAACUACAUGUUAAUAGGAUUAAACCCACUAUUUUUCUGAGACUCAGAACACCUGGGAUAUGGGAUGCAACCCCAUGGAAAGUCAGCAGGGCCACAGCUUUAGAAACGCUCUCCCCUGCACAUGCAACAGAGGCCUGACUUGCCCCAAGCGGUCUCCCUUCAUGCAAGAGGUCAGUACAGGUCCGAAUUAAGGGCUGCCACGUUCUCAUCUCUGCUCCACAAACUAAUGUCUGCAAACAUAAAGCGAGUUUCCCCCCCAUAGGACAGGAAAGGAGAGCUGGGAGCUGAUGUGCUACAUGGCAGAAGCCCUGGUGUAUCACCUCCUCCUGCUGUGACUCAUCUCACUCCCCACACGCCAAAAGGAGACACAAAUCAAAACAACAAGCUCUGUGCAACUAUCAACUGCGGAAAGAGACGUUCCAAGAAGGAAGACUCCCUGCUGUCCUGAGCUGUGCGGAGAUCAGUGAAACCCUGUAAGAAAGGGCCCAACAAAAAGCACUCAUACCUUUAUGCACAUCCAUAAGCACCUACACAACCGAGCUCGAGACAUUCUGCAAAUUUUCUCCAGGAUCUUUCUAAGUCUCAAUCCUGUCUGGGGGCCUGGAACAAAAAUGACACCUACCUCUCACCAUUGCUAGACCCACAUCCUAAGCAAGCCCACCGAGGAGGGGACACGCAGGGCUGACCCGCGCUGCACUUACCUGCUGUCAGCCCACCUCCACCUGUGGAAGGCAAUUCUCUUCGCCCAGCCUCCUCCAGUCCCUACAACCACACGGGGAUGAACCCAGCUCGUUCAUCCACCCACAGCCCCCUGGGGAGGGCAAGUCAGCAGAACAGAAAACCCAGGCCACAUUGUCUUUUGAAGUUUUUAUUUUUAUACAUUUUUUUGUAUUAAAAAGGAAAAAGCAUAAUUACCACAAAUUACAAAGGACUAAAGCAUUACUAGAAUAAUGAAUCACAUCAGCCUAGAAAGCAGAUACUCUGAAUAAUAUUAAUGUUAUAAUACAAGCUCUCAUUCAAGUA